GACUAACAAAACAGAGUCGACUCAUCGAAGUUUGCCAAAAGUUUAUUGCUAGUUAUGUUAGCAAAGUGGCGAAUAUGGCAAUAAAUAUAAAGUUUUAUUAUAAAGUUGUAGAAUAAAACUGAAAUUUGAUUUACCGUCCGAGUCGAAGUAUCGAAACGGGGAGUAAAACGCAUUGUUCUAACUGGACCGCCUAACAAGGCUGCCGAGGAGAGCUGUGGUGGCACUGACAAGGCAAGCCAAACUCAAACAGUAGGAGAAAUGCAGCCUCGUGGACUGACGGGCAACUCUGUCUGAGGAUCUCUGUCUGGGGCUGUGGUCAUGUCUCUAUACAGACUAACAGUUGCAGGACAAACAACCUUACAUAAAAAGGGAAUAUUAGGAUUUUCCAACAACUCUUGUUGUGAAGGUUCAGACCACUUCUCCUAGGUCCAGCAGAUGUUUUUGGACUUUUAGUUUUUUCAUUAUCACAAUUUUUCGGAUGAACUGGGAUCGUCCCACUUAUGACCUUAAAUGGAUUCCGUUGGCUCUUUGGUUAGCAUUCAAGAUGAGGACCAGUCCUAUCGUGUCCGAUACAGGAUGGAGGCGUCUUGUCUGGAGCUGGCCCUGGAGGGGGAGCGGCUCUGUAAGGUGGACGACUACAGCGCAGGAGUGUCUUUCUUCGAGGCGGCCAUCCAGGUUGGCACUGAGGACCUGCAGGUGCUGAGCGCCAUCUAUAGCCAGCUGGGCAAUGCCUACUUCCACCUGCAUGAUUACGGCAAGGCCUUGGAGUUCCACCAUCAUGACCUCACCUUGACCAGGACCAUCAGGGACCAGCAGGGAGAGGCUAAAGCCAGUGGUAACCUAGGCAACACGCUGAAGGUGUUGGGUAGGUUUGAUGAGGCUUUGGUCUGCUGUCAGAGGCACUUAGACAUCGCCGUGGACCUGCACGACAAGGUGGGGCAGGCGAGGGCGCUGUAUAACUUUGGGAACGUGUAUCAUGCCAAAGGCAAGACCAUCUGUUGGAGCGGAGCGGAGCCUGGAGAGUUCCCUGAGGAGGUCAUGACUGCACUAAGGAAAGCAGCGGAAUACUAUGAAGCAAACUUAUCCAUAGUGAAGGAGCUUGGAGAUUGUGCCGCCCAGGGCCGAACAUACGGUAACCUUGGCAACACACACUACCUGUUAGGAGACUUCCGGAAUGCAGUGGCCUCUCAUGAACAGCGCCUCCAGAUUGCCAAGGAGUUUGGUGACCGCUCGGCAGAGAGAAGGGCCUACUGCAACCUGGGGAACGCCUAUAUCUUUCUGGGGGAAUUUGAAGUGGCAGCCGAGCAUUACAAGAGGACUCUGCAGCUGGCCAGACUGCUGAAGGACCGGGCUGUAGAGGCUCAGGCCUGUUACAGUCUGGGAAACACCUACACAUUGCUCCAGGACUACGAUAGGGCCAUAGACUACCACCUCAAACACCUCAUCAUCGCACAGGACCUCAACGACAGGAUCGGUGAGGGCCGGGCGUGCUGGAGUUUAGGAAACGCUCACACAGCCCUGGGGAACCAUGACCAGGCCAUGCACUUUGCUGAGAAACACCUGGAGAUCUCCAAAGAGACUGGGGACCGGAGUGGAGAGCUCACAGCCCGUAUGAACGUGUCAGACCUGCAGAUGGUCCUGGGGCUGAGCUAUAGAACCAACGACUCCACCCUGUCUGAGAACCCCAUCAAGGACAUUGACUACAACCUGCACGGGGCCAGGCCCAGGAUGGGCAGACGGCACAGCAUGGAAAACCUGGAGCUCAUGAAACUCACCCCAGACAAGAUCAACGCUCAGAAGUGGAACAGUGACAUCCUGACCAAGCAGUCUAAACCCACCCUGGCUAAGAGCUCCUCCAAGCUGUUCUUCGUCAGCCGUCUGCGGGGCAAGAAGCACAAGGCUGGGGGCUCCAGUAAAGUCCUGCAGGACACCAGUAACACCCCACAGACCCCCGCACAGGGACCACAGAAGAGGGCCAGUCCAGACAUGCUCGGGGACGAGGGCUUCUUUGACCUGCUGAGUCGUUUCCAGAGCAACAGGAUGGACGACCAGCGCUGUUCCAUACAGGACAAGGGCUCCUCUGACUCUCCAGCCAGAGCCAUGAGGAAGUCUGUGUCAGAGUCAGCAGCUGUAACAGGCCUGGGUUCUGGGUCUGGUUCCCAGGGUUGCCGGUUAGAGGACGGUGGAGGUGCUGGGGGUAGUUUGCCCGUCCUUCGGGUCCACCAGAACAGAAGCCAGGCUGUCCUCAGCCACCUGAUGGCCAAUGCAGAUAACUCUGAGCCUGAUGAUGACUUCUUCAACAUGCUCGUCAAGUGCCAGGGUUCCCGUCUGGAUGACCAGCGCUGCGCCCCUCCCCCGGCACGUGGCCCCACUGUCCCAGACGAGGACUUCUUCAGCCUCAUCAUGAGGUCCCAGGCCAAACGCAUGGAUGAGCAGCGGGUCACCCUGCCAUCCGCAGCACGGCCAUGCUCCAACUGAGCCUUGCCCAAGUAGAGGGCCCCCGAUGGCGGGGUGAAAACCCAGGAGAGUGGGCCUCUCUGGAGGUGAACAGUGUGGAAGAGGAAGGGUGUUUUGUAUUUGUCCACGACAUUGAUGCUGUACUCAAGUGGAUGGGGCUUUUUUACAGACUAACUUUUCAAUGGUCUUUUCUGUCCGUAGCAGAGACUGUUGCUUCCAAAAAUAAUGGUUGUGUUGAUAAUCCUGUCCAUGGUGGGAUUCAGAAGCCUCAUGUUUCCCAGUUGAAAGCACUGCUAGCAUUAAUGUAGGUGCCUAUAGGGAACCACAGUGGAACAUUCAGGAACUCACUGAAGGGUUCUAGAAUAUGGAACCAUCUUUCCUUAUGGGGAAUACUCGACCUUGCACUGUACUGUACAUGUUGUGAAACUGCACAGACAAACAUGAAGUCCUGAACCUACUCCUCUUAUGUUUUUAACAAUUAUGUACUACAUAGAAUUUUACUACCAUCUGAAAAUGUAUCUUUAGAUAUGUGUCAUGACUGCAGUGUAUUUAUUUCUAAGCUCUAGCAUACUGCCGUUUCACCUCCCCUUGUGGUUGGUCUGAUUUUGCACCAGGUUUUUCUGACGUAGACUAGACUGGUACAGCACUCUUUCCAGCAGGUAGCCUAGCGGUUAGAACGUUGGGCCAGUAACCUAAAGGUCGCUGGUUCGAAUCCUGAGCCGACCAGGCAAAAAAAAAAAUCUGCCGAUGUGCUCUUGAACAAGACACUUCACCCUAAUUGCGUCUGAUAAAUGUAUUUAAUUGUCUGUAUGUUGGGAGUUGUGGUUAUGAAUGGGAUACCUCAUUUAGGUAAGGAUUUACAAAAAAAAGAAAAUGCUCUCAGGCUUAAUAAUCAUUGACAAAAUGAAUUCACCGGUGGGUGUGUACAGUUCCUGAUGCUCUUCUGUACUUCCUAUAUUUUCUAUGACAUCAGGAAUAAAGCUUCAUUUAUUUAGUAUA